AUGGGCCUCGUUGACAGUGUCCGAUAUGACUUGAAAUUACUCGGACUAAGCCUAGGGGUGUUCCUAGCGCUAAUUGAUAUCUAUGUAUCAACGAUCACAUUCUAUACCGUUGGUCUCGAUAAUCAAAAUCCCUGGUUCAUGAUAUGGACAAUAAUCGGCCAUCAAAUCGCAUUUGCUGCGUCACUGCCCUUUUUCGAGGGACUGGUUGCAAUGCGCUACCAACGUCUUGUCUUUAUCAUUUCGGCGGCUUUGUUCUCCGUUUUCUCAGCUGUAGCUGGCUAUACAGAUGUAGCCCUCAUCCUUGCAGGUUUGAGAGCUGGCAAGGGCUUCAGUGCCGCGGGGAUUUUCGCGACGGCUGCCGUUGACCAAUCUGCGACAGCACAAAAGGCUAUCAGAUGUGCAAAAGUUAUCGGUCCUCUAUGGGCCGGGCUGCUUGGCACUGCGUGCAUGGAGUUUGCAAAGUGGAGAUGGAUCUAUUGGCUAAAUGGUAUUUUUGGUCUUGUGGCUUUGGUGUGCUAUCUAUGCAGCGGCAACGACGAGGAAUGGUCCCGGGAUUAUGUCCCAUCAGAUUCUCAAAUAUCGCAUCUAGACGUUGUUGGGUGUAUUCUCUUCGCAGUAGGCGUGUUUUUUUUCACUUUAGGAUCGCAGAUAUCUGCAAACGUUUUCUGGGACGAGAGCUGGAUUGUGCCUGCUUUCGGUUUAAUCGUUGUGAGCUUAGUGGUGUUCUCUGCCUUCUGGCUGUGGGAAAAGAGCAGCAGGCAGAAAUACGGGUUUUUCCAGUUGCUAUCACCUGAUUCAUCCGGUGGCAAGAUUAACAGUCAAAAUAAUAGCAAAAACAUCUCUCUUGUCUUGUCUAUCGCGUUGGCUGGUUUCAUUUGGGAUGCAAUGCUGUUAAGCCUAGUGCUUGGCUUUCAACUGGUCGACACACCUCCUCGCAGGCUCGAAUAUUACCCAGCGUUUUGGUCGGCCAUCAGGAUGCUACCUCUUGUCGUCCCCAGUCGAGUGGCGAUCUUCAUUGGAACGACAGCUAUCAACAAGGGAUUUCUUGUUCCUAGCUCGGUUUCAUGUACCGGUAAUGUGCUGAUGGUAUUCAGCUUGUCGAUGUUUACUCUGGCGCGGAGAUUUCCGGUUGGCACUUUCGCCACGAUUCAAUCUGUGGCGAUGGGUUUAGGAUAUGGACUUCAUUUGGUCGCUCACGAUGACAUUGGGCUGAACAAAAUGUCGUCGCCUUCACACCCGACAUACUCAUUAUCAUCACUGCUACCGCCACUUGCGCCAUCAGCAUCACCAUCAUCACCACAAUUACCCGGCAUCGAGGAAGAGUCAGAAGACUCCCAUGAUGAGUACGAAGACACCGAAGAGGAUACCGAAGAUGAAGACGAUCUUGAAUCCAUUAUCUCUCUCAACAAUCCCCCCAACAACGACAAACCCAGCCAAGCCAAGCUCGAAUGCAUCCGAGUGAUUGGUGGCAUUUUCGGACUAUCACUCGUCAACAUGAUUUUUCACUACAAUUGUCUAGAGGGAGGCAAUUGUGGCAAAGAAGCGUUUGUGAAGAGCUUCACGGUGAUUAUGCCUACUAUUCUGCUGACUGCGUUGUGUACGUUUGCCGUUUUGUUCUUUUUAGGAAAGAUAAGGGUUGCCGGCAACAUGUCUAUAGAGGGACACCAGGUAUUCCCAGGACGGGUUCACGAAAUGUUUAGUGAUGGAAGCGGCGGUGAGAAUUCUGACGGUGGGAAAGAUACUGCAGACGCAUAUGAAAAUGGCUCUCACGAUGUCGUCGCUGAGAACGACCAACCUAGGUUGAGCAAUUUCCGAUUUUUGAUGGUGCUUGUUGGCUUUGGCAUGGCGUUUGUCGGGUCACAAGUGUGUCCACUCAUUUUCGCGGCCAUUAUUACCACCGUUUCGGUCGACCUGGAUGGAGCAAACGAACUGAUCUGGAUUUUCUCAGCGAGCUUGGUCGCCAUGGGCGUUGUGGCUCCUUUUGCUGGACCUCUUGCGGAUUUAUUAGGUCGUAAAACAGUGGCUCUAGUCGGUGUGCUGUCCUCCAUGGUUGGCAUGAUUCUCUGCGCCUCAACACCGAAUGUGUACGGGUUCAUUGCCGGGCAAACUUUCACUGGAAUCGGAAUGGCAAUCGAAGAACUGCUUUCUAUAUCCGCUGUUCUCGAGCUCGUUCCCAGACAGCAACGAGGGUUCUAUGCUGCUAUCAUUGUCUCUACAUUCUUACCAUUCGCUCCUGCAUCGCUAUAUGGAGGGCUCAUUGCCGAAAGCAACUGGAGGUACUGCGCAUGCUUGAUAGCUAUUUGGAACUUCUUGACAGCCGUCAUCAUUUUCAUAUUCUAUAACCCACCGCCGCGUUCCAAUUCAACAGGUCUAUCCCGGCGACAAAUUUUACGCAGAAUUGACUUUCUGGGCGGUUUUCUGCUAACCGCUGGCAUCGUCCUGUUUAUGAUUGGGUUGAACUGGGGUGGUCAGGCAUAUCCAUGGAACUCGGCACGGGUGAUCUCUUUUGUGACUGUGGGCGGUUGCCUAGUGGUUAUAUUCGUGCUGCAUGAGAUCUUCUGGGCUAGAUAUCCCAUGUUUCCCGGCCGGCUGCUCCAGCACCCCCGGGCCUUUAUGGCGUUGAUGACUGUGAUUCUCAUGGCGGGUGUCAACUAUAUCCCGGUUCUCUACUUUUGGAUUAUGCAGUCUAUCAGUGUCUACAACUCGAACAACUUCCAGGCUGGCAUCCGUACUCUGCCGUUUGGCUUUUGCAUUCUUGGCGGAGCAGUUAUUUCUGCUCUCAUGCUCUCCAUAUUCAAGAAUCAUGUUCGGCUAAUUAUGACAUUUUUCUGCGUCAUUCAAACAGUUGCUAUCGGGUGCAUGGCCGCCGUCGAUCCUCACAACAUCAACACCGUGUGGGCUCCUCUUGUGCUCGGCCUACUCAGCGUCGGAGGCGUCCUUAUCCCGAACCAGAUCAUCGUCACAUUAAUAUCACCAGAUGACCUGAUCGCCACUGCAACCUGCCUGACCGUCUGUCUCCGCUCAAUCGGUCAGGUCGUCGGCGUCGCCAUUUUCUACAACCAGUUCAUUUCCGCCAUGACCAAGAACGCCUACUCUUACGUGGUCCCCGCUGCAUUGGAGGUCGGGAUUCUGGAUAUCCCGACUAUCGAGAACAUGCUGCCGACGUUGAUUGCGGUGCCGUUUUCAGAGUAUGUCAAGACUCUGCCGCAGGUCGAUACAUCGGAGAAGUACGCUAUUCUGCACGAAGCGGUCAUUCAGGCCUUUGGACAUUCAUUUCCGAGUGUUUACUAUAUUUCAAUUGCGUUUGGGGCGACGGCAUGUAUUGCCAGUUUGCUCAUUGGGGAUCUAUCAAAGCUGAUGGAUGCACACAUCGCUGUGCACUACUUUUGA